CACACACUAGUGCAUGUUCCCAUUCUGAAAUCACCUACAAUGAUAAUUGGUGGUGACCACCGUUUGGUUUUGAGGCUGGCACUUGUUGUUGCCUCGUUUGUUGUACUUGUUCAGUCCCAUGUCCCAAACACUUGGGAAGCCACAACGUUCAAUCGCAUGCUGGCUUUGGUUCAGCCAGACCCCAUUGUCCUCAAAUACCACAACGGUUCACUCCUUAAGGGAAACGUUACCGUUCAUGUCCACUGGUACGGUAACUUCACCCCCACACACCGUUCCGUAAUCGUUGACUUCAUCCAAUCCCUUAGUUCCAUUCCCCACUCUCACCAUUCACCACCCUCCGUGUUUUCGUGGUGGCGAACCACCGCCAGGUACAGGGGAGGCCCAUGCACCCUCACCGUAGGGAACCAAACCCUCGACCCCACCUACUCCCUCGGCAAAUCACUCAACACAUCCCAUCUCCGCGCCCUCGCUUCGACCCAAAAGGGCCAAAACCCAACUAAAGGAAACGCCAUCCACGUGGUGCUAACUUCUGCUGACGUGGCAGUCGAGGGUUUCUGCAUGAGCCGAUGUGGGACCCAUGGCUCGGGUCGGGUACGUAACAAUAGGGUCGUGUUCCUUUGGGUGGGUAACCCGGCGACGCAGUGUCCCGGGGAGUGCGCGUGGCCGUUCCACCAGCCGGUGUACGGCCCGCAGACGCCGCCGCUGGUUCCGCCGAACGGCGACGUCGGCGUGGACGGGAUGGUGAUCAGUUUGGCGACGGUUGUGGCCGGAGCGGUGACGAACCCGUUCGGGAAUGGGUACUACCAAGGGUCGGUGAUUGCGCCGUUGGAGGCGGUGUCGACGUGCACCGGAAUAUUCGGAAAAGGGGCGUACCCGGGUUACACGGGUGAUGUGUUAGUGGAUAAUGUAACGGGAGCUAGCUAUAAUGUAGUGGGUGUGCACGGUCGCAAGUUUCUGUUGCCGGCGAUGUGGGACCCCGUUACAUCUACAUGCAAAACGCUCGUCUGAUGCAGAAUCUCUGCGCAUUUUGGAUCUUUGCCUGCGUACGUGCGUGAUUAGAAAGGAAUUUUUCUUGGCUUCUUCUACAGGAUAUUAUUAUUUAAUAUGUAUACAAGAAAAAUAAAAAUAAAAAAAAAUUAUAAUUCAUUUAGGAUUCCUUCCUUUUGCAUUUUCUCUCUUUCAUAAGGCCAUGUCUUAUUGCAUAAUCAACAUGCUUGAAGGCCUUUUUGUAUCUUGAGAUCCUUGUCUGUAAUACUAAUUCAAUUUUAACAAAUUUUAUUUAUUUUUUAUUCAUGAAA